AUGUACCCUUACCGCAUGAGCAACGUGAUGAUUGGCUACCUCAACCUGGCCACUCUCCUUGCCUCGAUUCCGAUCAUCGGGGCGGGGCUCUGGCUGGCCAAGGGCUCCACGACCACGUGCUCGUCGAUCCUGCAGACGCCGCUCCUCGUCAUCGGCUUUGCCGUGCUCCUCAUCUCUCUUGCUGGUUUUGUGGGCGCCUGCUUCCAUGUCGCCUGGGCGCUGUGGCUGUACCUCGUCGCCAUCAUACUCCUCAUCGCUUUCCUUCUUGGGCUCACCGUGUUCGGGUUCGCAGUCACGGCAGGAGGCGGAGGCACACAGGUGUAUGGUAGGCCUUACAGGGAGUACCACAUCACUGACUACUCCUCAUGGCUCCAGAAGCACAUGCAGGACAUCAAGUACUGGCGCCCAGCCCUCGCCUGUGUAGUUGGGUCCAAGGCCUGUCCCAAGAUUGAAAACUGGACUCCCAUGGAUUACCUCCAGCAUGAUCUCACGCCAAUACAGUCUGGCUGCUGCAAGCCACCAACAGCGUGCCAAUACAGUGGAGGCAUGCCUGUCGGGGCGCAGGAUGAGGACUGCUACCGGUGGAACAAUGCCCCAGACAUCCUCUGCUACCAGUGCAACUCGUGCAAGGCCGGUGUGAUGGAGCAGAUCCGCCAGGACUGGCACAAGAUCGCUGUCCUCAAUGUCAUCGUGCUCGCCGCUCUCAUCUGCAUCUGCGCCUGUGGCUGCUGCGCCUUCAGAAACGCUCGCCGCUCUCUGUCCGAGUACCCAUACGGGGUAAACCAAAUGUCCAAGAUAAACCCACGCUGGGACUACUACUGGUGGCGAUGGUUCCGUGGUAGAAGAGAACAGCUCUACUAG